CUUUCUUUUAGCAAGCGUACAUCUAUUCCUGCAUGAAUUUAAACAACGUGAGAUUGAGUGGCAGCAACUUAGCAAGGAUGUCUGCUAAUUUUGAUGGAACAAGUAAAAGUAGUAGCGUUGAGAGUAAAGAAAAGUCAUCAAAAAACUUCAAAGAACUUAUUGACAAAGAGGAAUAUGAUUUGAGAAAGCGACUGCCAAGAAAAUUACCCAAGAGGAAAACAGAUGUGUACAUCACAAGAAAAACAGACUUUGCUUGUCAGUUGGAGAGGGCACAGAAGUUACUGGAUUCAGAAAAUGAGGUGUAUGUACACGGACUUGGUGCUGCAAUCAAUCGAGCUAUCAACCUAGCUUUGCAGAUACAAACAGAAAGUCAGGGUUUGGUAGAGAUAGCUGCUCACACAUCAACAGUGGAAUUAGUCGACGAUCUUGAACCUCAGACUGAUGAUUUAGAACCAGAAACACAAUCGAGAAACAAUUCUGCGAUUCAUAUCAAAGUGUACAAAAUUAAUCCUGUGAAAGUUGAACUCAAGGAUGCAACUACAUGAUAUUAUUCCAAACUUUCUCAAAAAAGAUUACCAGAAUUUGUGCCAUCUUGGUUAGCAACACAUUUCAUGAGAUACCCCAAAUCCAGCAUUGGUAGACAAUAUCUUGACAAUUUAAAAUAUCGCUGCAACAAUUUUAUUAGCAGGUCCUAUGUUUUGUUUUGAUCACAAGAAUGUGAUGCAUUAUAAUAAAUGUUUCAUUCUAAAUUGUG